AUGUUGGAAAAAUCGGACUCUAACGUUGUUAAUGUGGGAAAUGCCCCAGAGCUCUCUAAUGAGAGUUCAAUGACAUUUAGGACUUCAGCAACCAAUAUAAAUGAGAAUAGUACUAAGAAGAGUCCUCGUGUGACCGAAUUGAGUCACCAUGAUGGGAAGGAUGAUACUAGUGCUAUUGCACUUGCACCUGAAAGUGUUAAAAAAGUAUCAUCGUUGAGUCCCACACCACAAAAUGGGUUAAAAGAUUUCGCACUAGACGAUGAACCUUAUACUUGUUUUACACGGCUUCAAAGAAUGGUUAUUUUUGCCAUUGUAAUCUUCAUUGGAUUUUUGGGACCCAUGGCUGGUAAUAUUUAUAUUCCAGCAUUGCCACUGCUACAACAAAAAUUCAAUGUGGGUUCUACAACCAUCAAUUCCACUGUGUCUGCAUUUAUGGCCGUUUUUUCCGUGGGGCCACUGUUUUGGGGAAUGUUUGCCGACUCAACAGGUAGGAAAUUCCUUUACAUCACUUCCAUAUUAUUACUAAUAAUUGUAAAUAUCCUAUUGGCAUCGGUUCCUGCCAAUAUUGGUGCCCUUUAUGUCCUGAGAGUGUUCCAGGCAUUUGGUUCAAGUUCUGCAAUUUCUUUGGGGACAGGAACCGUGACUGAUAUUACACCACCAAAGCAUAGAGGCAAAGCCAUCGGAUAUUUUAUGAUGGGGCCCAAUAUGGGGCCCAUCUUAGCGCCUAUAAUCUCCGGUUUAAUCUUAAUGGAAAGUGACGCUUGGCGAUGGCUAUUUGGAUUUACGAGUAUUAUGAGCGGUAUUGCCUUUAUUGCGGUUGUCUUGAUUUUACCAGAAACUUUGAGAUGUAUCGUAGGUAAUGGAGAUCAGCGCUGGAAAAAAUCUAGUAAUUUUGGCACUAUGGUGGAUGAAGAUGUCGAAAAUUUAGGCCAUGUGGAACCACCGGCCUGGCGGCUAUUCCCUGAUGUUGGCAUUCAGAAACCAGUCAAUACGGGACCACGGUUUCAAUUUCUCUACCCCAGACCUUCCAAACCAUCACUUCGCAUAUAUUGGAAUAUGAUGAAAAUGAUGCCAGUGACAAUUUCAUCCAUUAGCACUGCACUUUUAUUUGCCAAUUACUAUGCCUUUAGUGUCACCCUGUCUCAUUUUUUGCAAACUGAUUAUAACAUGUCUAACUUGCAGGUAGGUGCGUCUUAUGUGUGUCCAGGUAUAGCCAUGCUGAUAGGAUCGCAAUCUGGCGGACACCUUUCAGAUUAUAUGCGUCAACGUUGGAUGAAAAACCAUGAGAAUCAAAAAUUCCCAUUAGAGUUUCGUCUUAUUUUACAAAUUUUCGGUAUUUUAAUCAAUAUGCUAGGUUGUAUUGGUUACGGUUGGUCGAUUGACAGGCAUUACCAUUUGGCAGUAAUCUUGGUAUUUUCAGCAUUAAGCGCAUUUGGGCUAACAUGGUGUAGCAAUACAACCAUGACAUAUUUGUCGGAGCUUUUAACCAGAAGAACUGCUGGUGCCAUUGCCGUGAGUAGUCUUUUUCGUAAUGUAGGAGCUACCAUAAGUUCUGCAAUAAUUAUAAAGCUUUGUCGUGCCAUGGGGAUUGGUUGGUGCUUCACUGGAUUGGGACUUUGCAAUUUAAUUUCACUGGCAGGGGUAUUGUACUUGCUCAAAAAUAGUGGUCAUUGGCAGGGGAAAAUAAAUAAUAGCAUGUAG